AUCCCAACCUAAUUUGAAAUUUGUGAGCUUUUUAACUAUUUCUUCUGAAAUGAUUUUAGGGUUUGUUUAGUUUUUUCUUUUGUUCUGUUCAUUAAUCUCUAUGUCUGGUUUUAUGACGCAGAAUCUUUGUUUUUUCUCAUCAAGAUCUCUUUUUGUAUUCUUUUUUAUAAUGAAAAUCACAUAAAUCUCUGCAACUUGUAGUCGCUGGAGCUUUCGAGGAAGGCAUCAUAGGUUUUUUUUCUAAUGCGUAACUAUUGGAUAUGAUUUCUGGAUUUAAUUAUUCUCUUGAGUGCUUAAAUAAAGGGAGAGGAGUUAUUGAGGAAAUUGAUUUGGUGAAGUUGAAGAUUUGAUUAAAAAUUUUUAGGUCUAUUUUGUUUGGAGGUGGUUGGUAUUCAUGAUUAGGGGUUGAAGAUGACCGAUGGGGCUGACUUCUCACAUCCUUUGGUUAUGUUUCAAGGCAGGUAUGGGCGUAAGGAAAUCGGUUCUUCUAUGUUUGGCGAGGAGCCUGGGUCUACGAAGGGAAUGGAGCAGAUGAAUGAUGCGAAACCUCCUCGGCACCUUUCGGUCAUUCGGCAUUGUGCAAGCACAGCCCGAUUGGUGGAUUCUUCUGAACAAGAUUCAGAUCUGAGGCCUCUAAACUUGGCUCCGUCAUUGGGCGAGCAGCAUGGAUUCCUGCCGGUUUUUCGGUCAGGAAGCUACUCAGAUAUUGGGCCAAAGCGUUACAUGGAAGAUGAACAUAUUUGCAUAGAUGACAUACUUAGUCAUCUUGGAAUUGGUACUGAUCUUCCAGCACCUGGUGCUUUCUAUGGGGUAUUUGAUGGUCAUGGCGGUGCAGAUGCAGCUUCUUUUGUUCGCAGCAACCUGCUCAACUUCAUUAUUCAGGAUCAGAACUUCCCUAACUCGGUGGAAAAGGCCAUGAAAAGUGCAUUUGUGAUGACUGAUCAUGCAUUUGCUGAUUCACCUUAUCUAGAUUGCUCCUCUGGAACAACAGUUUUGGCUGCUCUUAUAUUUGGAAGAACCAUGCUUAUUGCCAAUGCUGGAGAUUGCCGUGCCGUCUUAGGCAAGCGUGGAAGAGCUGUCGAACUUUCCAGAGACCACAAGCCCAAUUCUAAAUUUGAAAGGCUUAGAAUAGAAAAACUUGGUGGAAUCGUUUGUGAUGGUUAUCUAAAUGGCCAACUUUCUGUAUCUAGAGCCCUUGGAGAUUGGCAUAUGAAGGGUCAAAAAGGCUCUUCCUGCCCCUUGAGCGCAGAGCCAGAGCUUCAGGAAACCAUCUUAACUGAGGAAGACGAAUUCUUGAUAAUGGGCUGCGAUGGCCUUUGGGAUGUAAUGAGCAGUCAAUUUGCAGUUUCCAUUGUUCGAAAAGAGCUGAUGGCACAUAAUGAUCCUGAGAGAUGUUCAAGACAGCUUGUUGUAGAGGCACUCAAAAGAAAUACUUGUGAUAAUCUUACAGCCGUUGUUGUCUGCUUCUCGCCGAACCCACCACCGCGCAUCGAGAUCCCCAAAUCCGGCAUUCGGAGAAGCAUUUCUUUGGAAGGAUUACAUCUCCUUCAGGGAGUUCUUGACAGUAAUAUUUGAAAAAUAAAAGCAUUGAUGGUAUUAGCUUGUUUCUUCAUUUCUCUUUCAUUUCUCUACUGAUUGAGUUGGUAAUAUAUGUAAAAAAAUUGGGCUGUUGUCAGUUUACCAACCACUUCCAAGAAUAAGCAUUUGAGAUCAGGUUAGAAGUGUACAUUUGAGAUCAGGCUAUUUGCAUUUAUGAGGAGCACGAAGUGUUUUUCUUGUAAUUCUCAUGAUAUUUUUCAGUGACAAUUGAUCUUUAAUGUACUUAAGAUUUGAUAUGAAGGUUUUCUGUCUCAGUUA